CCUUUAUGUUCCUCGAGAUGGGCGCCAAUGUCAUCAACCAAACCAAUAUUCACGGCGACACUCCUCUCCACAUCGCCUCCCGAAGGGAUAACUACGAGUGUGUCGUGCUACUCCUCUCCCGGGGCGCAGACAUUACACUCAUGAAUAAGAAUAAUGAAUCUCCACUUCAGUGCGCGCCUAAAGACAGCGAAUCGGAGAUGGCUUUGAAAGUAAAUCAAGAAUUGAAAAGAUUUUCAGUGAGACGUCAACUCAAUAGUGAGAAACUAUUGCACAGAGAUUUGUCGAAAGGCAAGGAAUACUAUCAAAUACAAGUGGUUAAUGGGGUCGACAACGAGCCCUAUCCCAUCGAUUUC